UGGUGAGAUGCGGUUGAAUGGAUUGUGAGCAUGAAUAAAGCCGGCACAGAAAUUUCAGCGAUCUUCGCAUAAAUGCACACCGGUAUUGUUCAGCUAUUAUAUAAAGGCAAACGACCCUUCAGCUCUGUGAAUAUGGCUGCUCCUGUCUCCUCCUGUCCUCCCUACCUUGGUCGACGCUUCCUCAUGCUGUUUGACUUUGAUGAGACCAUUAUUAAUUUUAGUAGUGAUGAUGCUGUGAUCCAUGCCGCUCCAGGUGGGACCAUUCCAGACCACCUAAAGGAAUCUUUUUGCCCUGGUCAGUACAAUGAGAACAUGCAGCGUGUCUUGGCAUACAUGGCUGAGCAGGGCGUGUGUGAGGAUGCAAUACGCUCUGCCAUAGAAGUCAUUCCCGCUACACCAGGCAUAACGGCGCUCUUUGCUUUCUUGCAUUCGCAUGCUGAGGACUUUGAGUGUGCUGUUAUUUCUGAUGCCAAUAUGUACUUCAUUGAGACGUGGCUUCAGAAGGCUGGUGUACGUCAGCUGUUUUCGGAAAUAUUCACCAACCCUGCCAGUUUCGAUAAGGAUGGGCGCCUGGUGCUGCAGCCCCACCACUCUCACAAGUGCCUGCAGUGCCCAAACAACAUGUGCAAACAGGUGAUCCUGCGAGAUUACCUGGUACGGAGGGCGAGACAGAGGGGCCAGCCCUUCCAACGUGUGUUCUACAUCGGAGACGGGGCCAAUGAUAUCUGCCCGACUCUGGCUCUGGGCGAGAGGGACAUGGUUUUUCCGAGGAGGAACUUCCCAAUGCACAGUAUCAUCCAGAAAAUGAAAAAAGAACAACCCGGGAUGUUAAAGCCAGCUGUAGUGCCCUGGACGAGUGGAGAAUAUGUUGCUGAAUUCCUCAAGAAAGCAGUGGAAGAAAGAUGA